AUGGGCACCUUCCUGCACGCCACCGAGGGAGAGAUGGUCUGCGAGUCCAUCAACACCAAGGUCCCCUACUUUAACGCCCCCAUAUACCUCGAGAACAAGACAACAAUAGGAAAAGUGGAUGAGAUUCUGGGGCCGAUCAACCAAGUCUACUUCACGAUCAAGCCCCAGGAAGGCAUUCAAGCCACAUCAUUCAAGAAGGGUGACAAGUUCUUUAUUGGCGGGGACAAGCUAUUACCUUUGGAGAAGUAA